AUGAUUGAUCUUCAGCUGCUGCAAGUAGAAAAGGGCGGCAACCCGGACCUGGUGCGCGAGUCGCAGCGCAAGCGCGGCGCUUCAGAAGAGCUCGUCGAUGAGGUGCUAUCGAUGUACAAGCACUGGGUCUCGCUCGAGUUCCAGCUGAACAACAUGCAGCAGGAGGUGAACGCGAUCCAGAAGGCCAUUACUGCCAAGAAGAAGGCCAAGGAGGAUGCUGAUGCUGAGCUGUCGCAGAAGAAGGCGAUGGAUGCGAAGAUCGUCGAGUUCAAGCCGCAGGUCGCCGAGGCUGAGCGUGCCAUGCGUGCCAAGGCGGUGACGAUUGGCAAUAUCGUCGGCGACCAGGUGCCCGUGUCGCAGACCGAGGACGACAACGUGGUGAUGCGGACGUGGCACCCCGAUGGACCCAACGCUCAGUUUGAGAAGAAGAACGAUAUCCUGUCGCACCACGAGGUGAUGUACCGCCUGGAGCUCUUCGACACGGAGCGCGGCGCGAAGAUUGCGGGCCACCGUGGCUUCUACCUGACCGGCGAUGGUGUGGACCUAAACCAGGCGCUGAUCAACUAUGGCCUCGACUUUCUGCGCAAGAAGUCGUUCAAGAAGAUUAUGACGCCCUUCAUGAUGCGCAAGGAGCACAUGGCCAGGACGGCGCAGCUGGAGGACUUUGACGAAGAGCUGUACAAGGUCACGGGCGACGAGGACGAGAAGUACCUGAUCGCUACCUCCGAGCAGCCGAUCUCCGCCUUCCACUCCAACGAGUGGUUCGACCGGCCGGCGGAGCAGCUGCCGAUCAAGUACGCGGGCUACUCGACCUGCUUCCGCAAAGAGGCCGGCUCGCACGGCAAGGAUACCUGGGGCAUCUUCCGCGUGCACCAGUUUGAGAAGAUUGAGCAGUUCUGCAUCACGGACCCCGCGAGCUCGUGGGCGAUGCUCGAUGAGAUGCUCGCGAACUCGGAGGAGUUCUACCAGAGCCUGCAGAUCCCCUACCACGUUGUGGCAAUCGUGUCUGGUGCGCUGAACAACGCGGCCGCCAUGAAGUACGACUUGGAGGCCUGGUUCCCCUUCCAGGGUGAGCACAAGGAGCUCGUCUCGUGCUCGAACUGCACGGACUACCAGAGCCGCCGCCUCGAGGUGCGCUGCGGCAUGAAGAAGCAGGGCGACACCAAGAAGCAGUACUGCCAUAUGCUCAACGGCACGCUGUGCGCAACGGAGCGCGCGCUCUGUUGCAUUGUCGAGAACUGGCAGACACCCGAGGGUCUGCGCAUUCCGCCCGUGCUCCAGCCCUACAUGCAGGGUCGCGACUUUUUGCCAUUCACGCGGGAGCUCCCCAAGGGCACGACAAGCCAAAAGCGCAAGUAG